AUGGUAGUCGACGAGGACGCCGCGUCCAACUAUGCCGCCGCGCUGUACCCACUCUGUUGGGGGAUAAACCUCCUGGGAUGCUUCCUGAUUGUUGCCGGCCUCGUGCUCUUUCUAUUGGGCGUCUCAUGGGAGGUCUAUAGACCCUAUCCAAACCCAAUCGUCCCGGUCCAUUUCUUCAAAGAUCUCCGCGGAUUCGUCUGUCUGAUCAUUAUCGAGUCUGUGGCAGGGACCGCCUAUGUCGCGCUUAGCAUUAUCUGGCCAUCACACCACCGCGUGGUCAUUGACAACCAUCGCUUUGGGCAUCUAUUGGUCGCGAUCCUGAAACAUAUCCGAUUCCAGCUCAUCUUCCUCAUGUCCAUCGUGUUGGCUUUCAUUGGAGCCAUGGCAUCUUGUACCCCAAACAGCCUGGGUCGCGCCGCCGUGCCCUCCGUGUUUGCUUCUUUCCCUGCAGGCAUUCUGGAAAUCAUGCCCAGUCUGCUUGUGCAGAUGGAGACCAACGACGCAGAUCUCGGGACGACAUUUUCGAUACUUGGCAGCGGCGACAGCGAGAAGAACCAAGACCUCGAGGUCUGGGAGAAGGAGGAUGGUGCCGACCCGAACAAAGGGACGGCCGAACAUGUCACGUCAAUUGACGAGGACGAUGUGAGCAAGACUACCGGGGUGCCAUGCACCGCUGGCGGUCAACGUCGCUUCACAUCAACGACUCCAGCUUCAGCCAAAAGCGGAGCCAAAGCGACAAGACCGCUUGAUGGAAUCACAGUCGUCAGCAUCGAACAAGCCAUCGCUGCGCCGUUCUGCACCAGGCAGCUCGCCGACCUCGGCGCGCGCGUCAUCAAGGUCGAGAGACCCGGGGUGGGCGAUUUUGCACGAGACUACGACACGCGGGUCGACGGGCUCGCGUCCCAUUUCGUCUGGACGAACCGCUCAAAGGAGAGUCUGGCGCUGGAUCUCAAGAAACCCGGCGACUUGGACGUGUUGAAGAAACUUCUCCAAAAGACCGACGUGCUCGUACAGAACCUGGCUCCCGGCGCGUCCGCGCGGCUGGGUCUCAGCUAUGAAUCUCUCAAAGAUACCCAUCCCGGCCUGAUCGUCUGCGACAUCUCCGGCUACGGCCAGGACGGGCCCUACGCGAAGAAAAAAGCGUACGACUUGCUCGUGCAGAGCGAGGGAGGGAUGCUCUCAGUCACGGGCACCAAGGACGAGCCCGCCAAGGUGGGCAUUUCCAUUGCCGAUAUCUCGGCCGGAAUGUAUGCCUACAGCAACAUCCUGGCCGCGUUGAUGCAGCGGCAGAAGACCGGCAAGGGAAGCAAGAUUGACAUCUCUUUGCUCGAAAGUCUGGUGGAGUGGAUGAGCUUCCCGUUAUAUUACACUUACAAAGGCGCACCGGCGCCCACACCGACUGGCGCUUCCCAUGCAGCGAUAUACCCAUACGGGCCCUUCGAGACGGGCGAUGGCGGGUCAGUCAUGCUCGGGAUUCAGAACGAACGAGAGUUUGCAAAAUUCUGCGACAUUGUCUUGGGAAAUCCGGGUUUAGCGACCGACGCACGCUUCAUGAACAACUCGUUGCGUGUACAGAACAGAGACGAACUGCGAAGUAUCAUUUGCAAAGCCCUGGAGAAAUAUUCCGUGUCCGAAGCCGUCGCAAAGCUCGAUGAAGCCCAGAUUGCAAACGCAGCGGUGAACACGAUGCAGGGCGUUUGGGAGCAUCCCCAAUUGCAAGCCAGACGGCGGUGGACCGAGGUCGAGACGUCCAAGGGCAUGAUCCCUGCACUUUUGCCUCCCGGAUGCGUUCCCGAAGGGGAGGAUGUGGAGGGUUUACAUGCCAGGAUGGACAAAGUCCCAGAAGUCGGCGAGCAUAACGAAAAGAUAUUGAAAGAGUUGGGCUUGUAG